GCUCUCAUCGAUAAUAGGCGAUAUAAAACAAUUGAACUGUCUUAACAGCAAUCUGAUGUGUUUGUACAAAUUUACUCAAAUUAAUUAGUAAUUAAAAAUUAGCUACAUGUAUCUUAAUUGUUUAUUGUGUAUUAAUGAAUAUUUAUUAUAAAAUAAAAUCCGUUAAUAUAACAAACCGAAAAUAGUGAUAAAAAUAACAUGUGGUACUUGGAUCUGAAUUGAACUAAAUAAAGUGAUAGGUGUGAUAAUUACUGAAUCAAAUUACUUGUGUUACUUUUAUCGCAGAAUGCGUAUUUGUGAUUAGCGAAUAGUGAUAAUAUUUCCAACCGAGUUUGCUAUAAUAUUAGAGUUUCUUCGAAUUAUUAAAUUAUUAAUUUAAAAUUAUAUUCUAUUUCAAAAAUCAUGAAUAAAUUCUUCAAGUUAAGAGUUACUUCAGAUUUUCUAGUUAAUAGCUUAUGUGCUAUAACCAUUGGUGCGGGUUUUACAGAGUUAACUGCCAACGUAUUUCUUAAUAAACUAUAUGUUCAAGUUUGUAAAGAAGCAACCAAAAAUAAAAAACCUGUUGUACUUAGUGAAUCACUUCGAAAAUUACAUGAUGAUGUAACUCGUGAUAUUAAGCUUACAGAUUUUCAAAAAAUAUUUUCAACACCAUUUGUAGCUGAAGGACUUGAUCCAAUUAAUAUUGGUUGUAUAAAUUACCGUACUGGUUGUUAUAUAGGAAUUCCAAGCUAUUAUGAUUUAAAUGAUAUUAUUUCAAGUUCAAAUGCUGAAAAUUUAGAACUACAAGAUUAUAUUUAUCUUAUGAAAGAAAACUCUGAAUCAAGCAAAAAAUUUAUGGAUUCAUUAAACCUCAGUGAAUCUGCUAAAAAAUACAGCAUUGCUCGAGAAUUAAUUCUUACCGAUAAUUCUCAAAUAUUUAUUAAGUCUAUUUCAUGGUCUAUGAUUUCAAUACCAAUGUACUUAUUAGGAAAUACUAUCCUGAAUUUAUUACCAGCCAACCCAAUUAAAAUUAGAUUUUUAGCAUUAUUUUUAUUAUGUAAUGUAGGAGUAUUUAUAUGUUUAUUAUUACGUACUGGAAUUGAAAACUUUUAUCAAAUUCAAGCUGAUAAAAAACUUUGUAAUAUUAAUGAAGAAUACAUUCAUGGUGGAAUAGAAUAUUAUGAAAAACUAAUUCAAAGAAAUUUAGCUCUAAGAGAUAUUGUACCUAAUGGAGAUCAGCUAUACUCUGAGAAUGGAAACAAACAUUCAUUCAUUUCAUUGUUUUCAGAACUACCCUUGACUUAUAGAAAAGCAUACCUCGAGAAAAAGUUGAAAAAUGAAAACAACAAAAGCUAAUUGUAAUAUGAUGUGCUAUUAUUUUAGAUUACUAGGAUACAACUAUAAAGUAAUAAGAACUCAAUUAUUGUAAAAAAAAAUGUUUGAUGUUUUAAUUUAUUUUUUCUGUCGAUUAUUACAGACUUUUGUAGAAAAUCAUAUUUGAAAUUUUUAAUAAAUAUUUUAUCAUAAUCAA